AUGCUCUUCAAGGUCACCAUCCCCUUCCUCCUUCUCAUCACCUCGGCUCUCGCUGCCCCGACCCCUGACCAGGCGGACACCAUUGAAGCACGCGACCCCGAUGCUGGCGCUCCUGCUGUGAUGGACGAAAAGAGGUGGUGGCCGGGCGGUUGCCUUGAUGGCUCGUGCCCCAUCCCCUGUGGCGUAACACCAACUGACUGGUAA